AUGAAAGAGAAGUCCAAAAAUGCUGCCCGGACUAGGCGGGAGAAAGAAAACAGUGAAUUUUAUGAACUGGCUAAAUUACUGCCCUUGCCCUCAGCUAUCACCUCUCAGCUGGACAAAGCAUCCAUAAUCAGGCUCACCACCAGCUAUUUAAAAAUGAGGGUGGUUUUUCCAGAAGGACUUGGGGAAGCCUGGGGCCAUUCCAGCCGAACCAGCCCGCUGGAUAAUGUUGGACGGGAGCUGGGAUCCCAUCUUUUGCAGACGCUGGACGGUUUCAUAUUCGUCGUGGCUCCGGAUGGCAAGAUCAUGUACAUCUCGGAGACCGCCUCGGUGCACCUGGGCUUGUCACAGGUAGAGCUGACCGGCAACAGCAUUUACGAGUACAUCCACCCGGCCGACCACGACGAGAUGACCGCCGUGCUGACGGCCCACCAGCCCUACCACUCUCACUUCGUGCAGGAGUACGAGAUCGAGAGGUCCUUCUUCCUGAGGAUGAAGUGCGUCCUGGCCAAGAGGAACGCGGGCCUGACCUGCGGGGGCUACAAGGUCAUUCACUGCAGCGGGUACCUGAAGAUCCGCCAGUACAGCCUGGACAUGUCCCCCUUCGACGGCUGCUACCAAAACGUUGGCUUGGUCGCCGUGGGCCACUCGCUGCCGCCCAGCGCCGUGACGGAAAUCAAGCUUCACAGCAAUAUGUUCAUGUUCCGGGCCAGCCUAGACAUGAAGCUCAUCUUCUUAGAUUCCAGGGUAGCCGAGCUAACAGGCUACGAGCCCCAGGACUUGAUAGAGAAGACCCUUUACCACCACGUCCACGGCUGUGACACCUUCCACCUGCGAUGCGCACAUCACUUGCUGCUGGUGAAGGGGCAGGUGACCACCAAAUACUACCGCUUCCUGGCCAAGCACGGCGGCUGGGUGUGGGUGCAGAGCUACGCUACCAUCGUGCACAACAGCCGCUCGUCGCGGCCCCACUGCAUCGUCAGCGUCAACUAUGUUCUCACGGAUACUGAAUAUAAAGGACUACAGCUCUCCUUGGAUCAGGUCACAGCCACCAAGCCGGCAUUCUCAUACGCAAAUUCAACUCCGACCAUAACGGAUAAUAGAAAGGCAAGCAAAUCUCGCCUCUCGAGCACAAAGUCAAAAUCAAGGACAUCACCAUACCCACAGUAUUCUGGAUUUCACACCGAGAGAUCUGAAUCUGACCACGAAAGCCAGUGGGGUGGAAGCCCCCUAACUGAUACGGCUUCUCCCCAGCUGCUGGAGCCCAUGGACAGACCGAGCUCCCAGCACCAUGAUGUCUCCUGUGCCUACAGACAGUAUUCGGACCGCAGUGCUCUCUGCUAUGGUUUUGCACUUGACCACUCCAGGCUGAGUGAUGACAGACAUUUCCAUACUCAGGCCUGUGAAGGAGGCAGAUGUGAAGCUGGCAGAUACUUCCUUGGCACGCCACAGGCUGGGAGGGAAGGCUGGUGGGGCUCUCGGUCAGCCUUGCCCCUGACUAAGUCAUCCCCCGAAAGCAGAGAAGCAUAUGAAAACAGUAUGCCCCACAUAACUUCAGUGCACAGGAUUCAUGGGAGAGGACACUGGGAUGAGGACAGUGUUGUUAGCUCGCCUGAUCCUGGCUCUGCCAGUGAAUCAGGUGACCGAUAUCGCACUGAGCAGUAUCAGAACAGCCCGCAUGAGCCGAGCAAAAUUGAAACUCUAAUAAGAGCCACACAGCAAAUGAUUAAAGAGGAAGAAAAUAGACUACAGCUACGGAAAACGACCCCUGAUCCACUGGUCUCCAUUAAUGGCACAGGGAAGAAGCAUGCUAUCUGUUUUGCAAACUACCCUCAGCAGCAGCUGGCAGGUGAUGUCUGCCGUGUCCCAGCAGUUGCCAACACUCCUCCCUGUGAACACAUCCAGCAACGAGACGGAAAGAUUAUGAGCCCACAUGAAAAUGACUAUGACAACAGCCCCACAACACUGUCUAGGAUAAGCAGCCCCAGUUCUGACCGAAUAUCAAAAUCUAGUUUGGUACUAGCUAAAGACUACCUGCAUUCAGACAUGUCCCCUCAUCAAACCCCAGGGGACCACCCAGCAGCAUCUCCAAAUUAUUACAGCUCCCACAGGCAGUACUUUGAUAAACAUGCUUACACAUUAACUGGAUAUGCCCUGGAGCAUCUAUAUGACACUGAAACCAUUAGAAACUAUUCAUUAGGCUGUAAUGGAUCACACUUUGAUGUGACUUCUCACUUAAGGAUGCAGCAAGAUCCAGCACAAGGACACAAGGGGACAUCUGUUAUAAUAACCAAUGGAAGCUGA